AUGCUGCUAAGAAUGCAUAUAUUUUUCGCUCUAAGCAUCCUUGGUAAGUAGGCUACUUGCAUUCAGCCAACUUUGAUAGGAUAAAAAUUAAAAAGCGAAUGUACAUAUGUUUGAAGCAUGCUAUGUAUUUGUUUAUUAGUGUUAAUGUUUUUAUUAUUCAGCUUAAAUGUAGGCUACUAGUUGGUUUAUUGCAUUUUAUUAUAGGGAUGGUUUGCGAUGCCGCAAGACGAGUGCGCUCAUUGCCACGCACUGUAUCGAGGAAAGGUCCCGCGGACGCCAGCGAGUUUGACAGAAACAUAGAAGAAUUGAUAGAGGGAAUACACGAUUUAUCCAACGAAAAUCACGACGUUGGUGCCAAUGCCAGGAAUGGUAUCAGCCCAGACGAACUUUUAGAGGACCCAAAUGUCAGGACAGGUGUUUUUUCUGGCACAAUGUUAGAGGGCAUUGACUUGAGCGCUUAUUAUGGUGUCCUGGGCAGCGUAUUUGCCAUGUAUAGACCACUAAUAGACGAUGGAUUCAUUGACAACCUCCCCAAAACGUUUGUGUGUAUUUUGUCCGGGAGAACUGACUGUGGCUUGGAGGCAGAAUUGACAAAGACUGUAUCACUUGAGCUUGGCAAACCACUGCUGUCACUUCUAUCAUCUGUCAAAUCUCAGACAUGCACAAGAAGCAGUACAAGUUCAGGACCAUCACUUUUUCAAAGAUCCUACCUCAGAGUAGAAGAUUACACAGCAGAACAAUUCAGUGCUUUUCAGGAGAUAAUGACUGCUUUGUCACAUCUUCCCUUAUCUGAUAACUUUAUGUCUGCUUGGACUGGUCUAAUAGACAUUACAUUUCCUACAAUAGUGACAUAUGGUUCAGAAUUCAUAAUGACAUUUCUCCAAACCCCUAUGGAUUAUGUAAAAAUAGCAUUGCAAUUUGGAAUUGCAAUUCCCACUCUGGACCAAAAUGAACAAUGUCAGCAAGGUUUGUCAGUUUUCUAUUGCCUAAUUUGUCUUCAAUUUGCACUGUCAUUUUGUUAAGUUAUGAUUGUGAUGUAUACCGUUUUUAGGCACCGUUUUUAUUGUACAUUUGUGUUAUUUUAUGUCAUACGUAUUUAAUGCUCUGCCUUUUUUAUAUAGGGGAUCUAAAACAGCUCCUUAUGUGGUAAGCUGACAGUGAUGUGUGGAACCUUUCCUCUCUGAAACCUUUCAUGUGAUACCUUGAGAUAAAGUCAUGGGAAUGUUAUGGUGGAUUCAAUUUAAUAUUUUAUCCGCUGACAGAGGAAUAAGAUCUCCCAAUAUCCUUUCUAUCUGACUAUGUUUUAUUCAGGGGUAUACGUCACAAUGUGAGCUGGUCCUUUGGUGACUCCAUCCUGGACAUGUUGCUGGCUCCAGAAUCAACGCUGUGCAGCUACCCAGGCCCAGACUGCCAGAGCCCCCCCACAGUCUCCUUCAGCCGUACCCUCGACGCGAUAGAGGACAACCCCACUGCCCUGCUUAGGUGUGACCACGACAACCUAGCCCGUCUCAACGACACCCUGUGCGCUGACAUCAUCACAGUGGGCCAACAGAGCUCUUCAACUCUAUACACUUUCUGCAGCGCUCUGAGCAUCCUCAACCCCACUGAGGUGGAACAGGUGUGGAGUAACACCUGUCAUGUUAUCCAGGCUCUACUGUUGCCCCUCCUGGAAGACAGGUCUGACUGCAGUGGGGACAUCCCGGACCCGCCACUCCCAGGCCCACGGGUCUCUAGAUCCCUCAGCCUCAACCAUCUGCUGUGCAACUACGGCGACUGGACCGAUGCUAGUUAUGUGGACGCAGGCUUGGUGACUCUGUGUAGUGAAAAUGACAGGCAAGAUUCAUCCUAG